AUGGCUCCCAAGGUUGCUAUCGUCUUCUACUCUUUGUACGGCCACAUUGAGAAGCUGGCCCAGGCCGAACUCAAGGGUAUUCAGGCCGCUGGUGGCUCCGCCGAUCUCUACCAGAUCCCCGAGACCCUCCCCCAGGAGGUCCUCGACAAGAUGCACGCUCCUAAGAAGUCUUCCGUCCCCGUCUUGGAGAAGCCCGAGCAGCUCCUUGAGUACGAUGCCGUCCUAUUCGGUAUUCCCACCCGUUACGGUAACUUCCCCGCUCAGUGGAAGACCUUCUGGGACCGCACUGGCGGUAUCUGGGCCACCGGUGGCUUCUACGGCCGCUACGCUGGUCUCUUCGUCUCUACUGGCACCCUUGGAGGUGGUCAGGAAUCAACCGCUCUCGCCUCGAUGAGCACCCUCUCCCACCACGGUUUCAUCUACGUACCCCUUGGCUACAAGACUGCCUUCCCUCUUCUCGCCAACCUCGAUGAGGUCCACGGUGGUAGCGCCUGGGGUGCUGGUACCUUUGCUGGUGCCGAUGGCUCUCGCCAGCCCACUCCUCUCGAGCUCCAGAUCGCCGAGACCCAGGGCAAGUCCUUCUGGGACCACAUUUCUCGUGUUAACUUCGCGUGA